AUGCCGAUCCACAGAAAGGGCCGGAAGGAGGACCCGGGAAACUACAGGCCCGUCAGCCUGACAUCAGUGCCUGUUCGAGCCCAAGAUGGUGAACAACAAACAAAGUAUAUUUCUCCAUCUAUCCUGCAGCGACAAAAACCUUUCAAAUCCCAAGAAGUGACAAUCAUUCCACCUUUUCAAAACACGCUGAAAGUAAAGGCUGGCAACCCCUCUCACAAUGGCCGUGUGUGCAGCACAUGGGGUAACUUCCACUUCAAAACCUUUGAUGGGGACAUCUUUUACUUCCCUGGAGUCUGCAAUUACAUCUUUGCAUCCAACUGCAAGUCUUCCUACGAGGACUUCAACAUCCAGAUUAGGCGUACAAUGGCGGAAAAUGCUACUGUGAUCACUCAUGUCAUCAUGAAGCUGGAAGGAGCAGUGAUUGAACUGACCCGUGGCUCUGUCCGGCUAGACAACAAAUUGGUUCAGAUGCCCUACAGCCAUAUGGGAGUCUUGAUAGAGAGAAGUAAUAACUAUCUGAAAGUUUCUGCCAAGUUAGGACUGACCUUCCUUUGGAAUGAACAGGAUGCCCUCCUGGUGGAACUAGAUAAGAAAUAUGCCAAUCAGACUUGUGGACUUUGUGGGGACUUCAAUGGAAUUCCAGUUAACGAUGAAUUUAUUUCAGGGAAGACAAAACUAACUCCCAUACAGUUUGGUAAUAGACAGAAGAUGGAUGGACCCACAGAGCAGUGUGAUGAUCCUAUUCCUUCUACUGUUCAGAUGAACUGCUCAGCAGAAUUUGCUUCUAUCUGUGAGACAGUAUUAACCAGCAAGGCAUUUACGAGUUGCAACAUGCUUGUCAAUGUUCAGGACUACAUCGAAACUUGCAUACAAGACCUAUGCCACUGUGAUAGUUCUAUGGCUGACUUCUGUAUGUGUAACACUUUUGCUGAAUACUCCCGGCAGUGUGCUCAUGCAGGUGGACAGCCUCUGAACUGGAGAACCUCACAACUGUGUCCCAAAUCAUGUCCGUUCAACAUGCAAUACCACGAGUGUGGCUCUCCCUGCUCUGACACGUGCAGCAACCCGGAACGAUCUGCACUUUGUGAAGACCAUUGUACAGAUGGCUGCGUCUGUCCUCCAGGAAUGGUGUUUGAUGACGUUAAUGGUGCUGGCUGCAUUCCCCGUAGAGAAUGCCACUGUACCUAUGAAGGUGAAACUUAUGCUCCUGGUGCCUCCUUCUCAUCUAAAUGCAGAUCAUGUACCUGUGUUGGAGGUGAAUGGUCUUGUGUCACUCAGUCAUGCCCUGGGACUUGUAGUAUUGAAGGAGGCUCCCACAUUUCAACAUUUGAUGAGAAACAUUAUUCUUUCUUCGGAGACUGUAGCUAUGUCCUAACCAAGCUGUGUGACAGCAAUGAAUUCACAGUUCUCGGAGAUAUCCACAAGUGUGGCCUGACUGAAACUGAGACGUGCCUCAAGGGUAUAGCCAUCAGCCUGAGUGGAGGACAAACUAACAUUGUGAUCCAACCUUCUGGUAGUGUAUUUGUGAAUAUGAUCUACACACAGCUGCCAUUCUCAGCAGCAAAUGUCACCAUCUUCAGACCUUCAUCUUUCUUCAUCAUUCUGCAAACAACCUUUGGUCUUCAGCUACAGGUUCAACUUGUGCCUUUCAUGCAACUUUUUAUAGACUUAGACCCCUCACAUAAAGGGCAGACCUGUGGUCUCUGUGGAAACUUCAAUGACAUGCAGACAGAUGAUUUCAAAACCACCAGUGGUGUAAUAGAGGGUACUUCAGCUGCCUUUGGCAAUACUUGGAAAACUCGGGCUGAUUGUUCUGAUGCCAAAAAUACCUUUGAGAACCCGUGUACUGUCAGCAUACAAAACGACCAGUAUGCUCAGCACUGGUGCGGACUGCUCUCUGAUACUAUGGGACCUUUUGCUGAAUGUCACUCAACAGUGAAUCCAGAAGUUUACCAGAAGAACUGCAUGUUUGACACGUGUAACUGUGAGAAGAGUGAGGACUGCAUGUGUGCUGCCCUUUCAAGCUAUGUCAGAGCCUGUGCUGCUAAAGGAGUUCUCCUCCCUGGAUGGAGAAGCAAAGCCUGCACAAAAUACACCACCUUGUGUCCGAAAUCUUUGGAGUACACUUACAAUGUCGAUACCUGUCAACCCACCUGCCGGUCUCUGAGUGAGCCUGAUGUCACAUGCAGCAUUAAGUUUGUCCCAGUUGAUGGCUGCACCUGCAUAAAUGGAACAUACAUGGAUGAAACUGGCAAAUGUGUGCCUGCAUCUAGCUGUCCUUGUUACUACAAAGGAAUGCCUCUGUCUUCCGGAGAAGUUAUUCAUGAUAAUGGUGUUGUCUGCACUUGCACCUAUGGAAAGCUGAGCUGCAUUGGAGAGAAACCUGAACCAGUCUGUGUAUCUCCCAUGGUUUAUAUCGACUGUGGUAACGCCACUGCAGAUGUGGUAGGAGCAGGAUGCCAGAAGAGCUGUCAGACUCUAGAUAUGGAAUGUUACAGAACUCACUGUGUCUCUGGCUGUAUAUGUCCUCAUGAUCAAGUGUUAGAUGGCAAAGGAGGCUGUAUAGCUCCAGAAGACUGUCCAUGUAUUCACAAUGGGAAUUCCUACAAUCCAGGAGAAUCAAUCAGAGUUGGCUGUAACAACUGCACAUGUAGAAACAGAAAAUGGCAUUGCUCUGAGGAACCCUGCCUGGAAACGUGUUCUGUUUAUGGAGAUGGGCAUUAUACCACCUUUGAUGGCAAACGUUUUGAUUUUGAAGGAGACUGUGAAUAUGUUCUGGUCCAGAACUAUUGUGGUCAACAAGCUAUGAAUCAGGGAACCUUCAGAGUCAUCACUGAGAACAUUCCAUGUGGCACUACAGGAACCACCUGCUCUAAGUCUAUUAAAGUUUUCUUGGGGAACUAUGAGCUGGUACUCAGUGAUGGACACUCUGAUGUCAUCCAGAGGACACCUGGAGGAAAAAUGCCAUUCCAAAUCCGUUCCAUGGGUAUCUACCUGGUAGUUGACACCACUGCUGGUCUGAUACUCAUGUGGGACAAGAAGACCAGUAUAUUCAUCAAACUUAGUCCCAGCUUUCAGGGACAUGUUUGUGGACUUUGUGGAAACUACGAUGGCAAUGGAAAUAAUGACUUCACUACUCGCAGUCAGUCUGUGGUAGGAAAUGUGCUGGAGUUUGCCAAUAGCUGGAAAGUGUCUUCUAGUUGCCCAAAUGCCAAUCGUACGAAGGAUCCAUGCACUGCAAACCCCUACAGGAAAGCCUGGGCACAGAAGCAAUGCAGCAUCAUUACCAGUGAAGUGUUUGCAAAGUGUCACUCCCAGGUUGAACCAAACGAAUAUUAUCAAGCAUGCGUGGAUGAUGCUUGUGCCUGCGACACUGGAGGAGACUGUGAAUGUUUCUGUACAGCAGUAGCUGCCUAUGCUCAAGCAUGCAAUGAGCUGGACAUUUGCAUUUCAUGGAGAACCCCAUCCAUAUGUCCUCUGUUCUGUGAUUACUACAAUCCACAAGGGGAAUGUGAGUGGCACUACAAACCAUGUGGAGCCCCUUGUAUGAAGACCUGCAACAAUCCAAGUGGGAACUGCCUACAUGAGAUGAGAGGUUUGGAAGGCUGCUAUCCACACUGUCCAAAAAAUAAGCCCUAUUUUGAUGAAGAAACCAUGACCUGUGUUUCUAAUUGUGGUUGUUAUGAAAAUGGGAAAAAUUAUAAACCAGGAAUGGAGAUGCCUCCAAAGCAGAAUUGUGAAUCAUGUGAAUGUACAAUUCAUGGCAAAGAAUGCAGAUAUGACGAACAUGAAUGUGUCUGCUUCUAUGAGGGACAGAAAUAUAACUACAAAGAUGUGGUCUACAACACUACAGAUGGAACAGGAGGGUGUAUUGUUGCAAUCUGUGGUCCCAAUGGAACACUUGAAAGGAUUAUCUAUGAGUGUCCAAUCUCAACAUCACCCACAACAGCAACAACAUUUCAUUUCAGCACUACACCACCUGCCAGUACUUCCACAGUGUCACCAACCACAUCAGUAUGUGUUCAUGAAGUCUGUGAGUGGUCAGAAUGGUAUGAUGGCAGUCUCCAAACCCCUGGCUAUGACGGUGGAGAUUUUGAAACCUUCAAUGAUUUAAGAGCUAAAGGUUAUGAAGUCUGUAAAGCUCCACGGGAUGUUCAAUGCAGAGCAGAAAAAUUCCCUGAUAUAUCACUGAAAGACCUUGGCCAAAAAGUAGAAUGCAGUACAACAGCUGGGCUUAUAUGUUACAACAAAGACCAAAUUUCAACAAUGUGCAACAAUUAUGAGAUCAGAGUCCUAUGCUGUGUUUUUGUACCAUGCUCUUCUUCAACAUAUCCAGUCUCUACAACUUCUGAAAGUACAACAUGGAUACAUUCAACAUCUGAAGAAACAACAACCACAACCAUACUGACAAGACCGGUCACCACCUUUACUUCAACACCUUCUCUUUGCUUUAAAGAAGAAUGUUACUGGUCCAGAUGGUAUGACGUCAGUUAUCCAGGGUCUGGUUACAAUGAUGGAGAUUUCGACACCAUUCAGAACAUUAAAAAAAAAGGAUACAAAGUCUGUGCUGACAGAAGGGAUGUGGAAUGCAGAGCAGUGAGGUUUCCUAACACACCAUAUCCUCUACUGGAGCAAAACAUCCUGUGCAAUACAGAAGAAGGCUUGAAAUGUUACAAUAAAGACCAACUGCCGCCCAUUUGCUAUAAUUAUGAACUAAGAUUUAAAUGCUGUGAAAAUAUAACAGUACCAUGCCAAACAACCACUAAAAGUAUUAGUACUGCAAAAACAACAGAACCAACUACACUUUCUUCAACACGAUUCAGUACAACAUUCACAGAAGUAUCAACGACUCCACACUUGAUAACAAAACACAAGACAACACCACCAGAAACAUAUCAACCACAAACAGAUUACAUUAUUACCAAAACUACAACAAAACGAACAACACAAACUCAAAAGGAAACAACUACUGCCAGGACCAAAACACCCUUCACAAUGACAACUACACCACCCACUGGACCCCAGAUCACCACCACUACCACGGUAACCACCCCCUGUGAACCUGAAGUGUGCACCUGGAGCGAAUGGUUCGACGUCGACUUCCCCUCCGCGGGGCCCAACCAGGGAGACUUCGAAACCUACCAGCACAUCCGGGCCGCCGGGAAGCGCGUCUGCCAGCGUCCAAAGGAGAUCGAGUGCCGGGCCGAGGACUACCCCGACGUUCCCAUCCAACAGGUCGGGCAGGUCGUGCAGUGCGACGUCCACUAUGGGCUGGUGUGCAAGAACGAGGACCAGACUGGAAAAUUCAAGAUGUGCCUCAACUACAGGAUACGCGUCCUCUGCUGCACCCCCAACUACAACUGCGUAAGCCACAUCACCAGCCCCACCUCCAGCCCCACCACCGUCACCAGGCCCACGGCAAGCAGCACGCUCCCAACCUCCACCUCAGUCACGACCUCCACCUUCCACUCUUCCACCACGCUGCCCACCUCCUCAGAAACCACGUCCACUUCCACCACCACCACCAGCCCCACGCCAACGCCUCGCACAGCCACUCCCACCGUGAGCUCCACCACGGCCACCACCCCCUGUGAACCCGAAGUGUGCACCUGGAGCGAAUGGUUCGACGUCGACUUCCCCUCCGCGGGGCCCAACCAGGGAGACUUCGAAACCUACCAGCACAUCCGGGCCGCCGGGAAGCGCGUCUGCCAGCGUCCAAAGGAGAUCGAGUGCCGGGCCGAGGACUACCCCGACGUUCCCAUCCAACAGGUCGGGCAGGUCGUGCAGUGCGACGUCCACUAUGGGCUGGUGUGCAAGAACGAGGACCAGACUGGAAAAUUCAAGAUGUGCCUCAACUACAGGAUACGCGUCCUCUGCUGCACCCCCAACUACAACUGCGUAAGCCCCAUCACCAGCCCCACCUCCAGCCCCACCACCGUCACCAGGCCCACGGCAAGCAGCACGCUCCCAACCUCCACCUCAGUCACGACCUCCACCUCCACCUUCCACUCUUCCACCACGCUGCCCACCUCCUCAGAAACCACGUCCACUUCCACCACCACCACCAGCCCCACGCCAACGCCUCCCACAGCCACUCCCACCGUGAGCUCCACCACGGCCACCACCCCCUGUGAACCCGAAGUGUGCACCUGGAGCGAAUGGUUCGACGUCGACUUCCCCUCCGCGGGGCCCAACCAGGGAGACUUCGAAACCUACCAGCACAUCCGGGCCGCCGGGAAGCGCGUCUGCCAGCGUCCAAAGGAGAUCGAGUGCCGGGCCGAGGACUACCCCGACGUUCCCAUCCAACAGGUCGGGCAGGUCGUGCAGUGCGACGUCCACUAUGGGCUGGUGUGCAAGAACGAGGACCAGACUGGAAAAUUCAAGAUGUGCCUCAACUACAGGAUACGCGUCCUCUGCUGCACCCCCAACUACAACUGCGUAAGCCACAUCACCAGCCCCACCUCCAGCCCCACCACAGUCACCAGGCCCACGGCAAGCAGCACGCUCCCAACCUCCAGCUCAGUCACGACCUCCACCUCCACCUUCCACUCUUCCACCACGCUGCCCACCUCCUCAGAAACCACGUCCACUUCCACCACCACCACCAGCCCCACUCCAACGCCUCCCACAGCCACUCCCACCGUGAGCUCCACCACGGCCACCACCCCCUGUGAACCCGAAGUGUGCACCUGGAGCGAAUGGUUCGACGUCGACUUCCCCUCCGCGGGGCCCAACCAGGGAGACUUCGAAACCUACCAGCACAUCCGGGCCGCCGGGAAGCGCGUCUGCCAGCGUCCAAAGGAGAUCGAGUGCCGGGCCGAGGACUACCCCGACGUUCCCAUCCAACAGGUCGGGCAGGUCGUGCAGUGCGACGUCCACUAUGGGCUGGUGUGCAAGAACGAGGACCAGACUGGAAAAUUCAAGAUGUGCCUCAACUACAGGAUACGCGUCCUCUGCUGCACCCCCAACUACAACUGCGUAAGCCCCAUCACCAGCCCCACCUCCAGCCCCACCACCGUCACCAGGCCCACGGCAAGCAGCACGCUCCCAACCUCCACCUCAGUCACGACCUCCACCUCCACUUUCCACUCUUCCACCACGCUGCCCACCUCCUCAGAAACCACGUCCACUUCCACCACCACCACCAGCCCCACUCCAACGCCUCCCACAGCCACUCCCACCGUGAGCUCCACCACGGCCACCACCCCCUGUGAACCCGAAGUGUGCACCUGGAGCGAAUGGUUCGACGUCGACUUCCCCUCCGCGGGGCCCAACCAGGGAGACUUCGAAACCUACCAGCACAUCCGGGCCGCCGGGAAGCGCGUCUGCCAGCGUCCAAAGGAGAUCGAGUGCCGGGCCGAGGACUACCCCGACGUUCCCAUCCAACAGGUCGGGCAGGUCGUGCAGUGCGACGUCCACUAUGGGCUGGUGUGCAAGAACGAGGACCAGACUGGAAAAUUCAAGAUGUGCCUCAACUACAGGAUACGCGUCCUCUGCUGCACCCCCAACUACAACUGCGUAAGCCACAUCACCAGCACCACCUCCAGCCCCACCACCGUCACCAGGCCCACGGCAAGCAGCACGCUCCCAACCUCCAGCUCAGUCACGACCUCCACCUUCCACUCUUCCACCACGCUGCCCACCUCCUCAGAAACCACGUCCACUUCCACCACCACCACCAGCCCCACUCCAACGCCUCCCACAGCCACUCCCACCGUGAGCUCCACCACAGCCACCACCCCCUGUGAACCCGAAGUGUGCACCUGGAGCGAAUGGUUCGACGUCGACUUCCCCUCCGCGGGGCCCAACCAGGGAGACUUCGAAACCUACCAGCACAUCCGGGCUGCCGGGAAGCGUGUCUGCCAGCGUCCAAAGGAGAUCGAGUGCCGGGCCGAGGACUACCCCGACGUUCCCAUCCAACAGGUCGGGCAGGUCGUGCAGUGCGACGUCCACUAUGGGCUGGUGUGCAAGAACGAGGACCAGACUGGAAAAUUCAAGAUGUGCCUCAACUACAGGAUACGCGUCCUCUGCUGCACCCCCAACUACAACUGCGUAAGCCCCAUCACCAGCCCCACCUCCAGCCGCACCACCGCCACCAGGCCCACGGCAAGCACCACUCCCACCGUGAGCUCCACCACGGCCACCACCCCCUGUGAACCCGAAGUGUGCACCUGGAGCGAAUGGUUCGACGUCGACUUCCCCUCCGCGGGGCCCAACCAGGGAGACUUCGAAACCUACCAGCACAUCCGGGCCGCCGGGAAGCGCGUCUGCCAGCGUCCAAAGGAGAUCGAGUGCCGGGCCGAGGACUACCCCGACGUUCCCAUCCAACAGGUCGGGCAGGUUGUGCAGUGCGACGUCCACUAUGGGCUGGUGUGCAAGAACGAGGACCAGACUGGAAAAUUCAAGAUGUGCCUCAACUACAGGAUACGCGUCCUCUGCUGCACCCCCAACUACAACUGCGUAAGCCCCAUCACCAGCCCCACCUCCAGCCCCACCACCGUCACCAGGCCCACGGCAAGCAGCACGCUCCCAACCUCCAGCUCAGUCACGACCUCCACCUCCACCUUCCACUCUUCCACCACGCUGCCCACCUCCUCAGAAACCACGUCCACUUCCACCACCACCACCAGCCCCACGCCAACGCCUCCCACAGCCACUCCCACCGUGAGCUCCACCAUGGCCACCACCCCCUGUGAACCCGAAGUGUGCACCUGGAGCGAAUGGUUCGACGUCGACUUCCCCUCCGCGGGGCCCAACCAGGGAGACUUCGAAACCUACCAGCACAUCCGGGCCGCCGGGAAGCGCGUCUGCCAGCGUCCAAAGGAGAUCGAGUGCCGGGCCGAGGACUACCCCGACGUUCCCAUCCAACAGGUCGGGCAGGUCGUGCAGUGCGACGUCCACUAUGGGCUGGUGUGCAAGAACGAGGACCAGACUGGAAAAUUCAAGAUGUGCCUCAACUACAGGAUACGCGUCCUCUGCUGCACCCCCAACUACAACUGCGUAAGCCACAUCACCAGCCCCACCUCCAGCCCCACCACCGUCACCAGGCCCACGGCAAGCAGCACGCUCCCAACCUCCAGCUCAGUCACGACCUCCACCUCCACCUUCCACUCUUCCACCACGCUGCCCACCUCCUCAGAAACCACGUCCACUUCCACCACCACCACCAGCCCCACGCCAACGCCUCCCACAGCCACUCCCACCGUGAGCUCCACCACAGCCACCACCCCCUGUGAACCCGAAGUGUGCACCUGGAGCGAAUGGUUCGACGUCGACUUCCCCUCCGCGGGGCCCAACCAGGGAGACUUCGAAACCUACCAGCACAUCCGGGCCGCCGGGAAGCGCGUCUGCCAGCGUCCAAAGGAGAUCGAGUGCCGGGCCGAGGACUACCCCGACGUUCCCAUCCAACAGGUCGGGCAGGUCGUGCAGUGCGACGUCCACUAUGGGCUGGUGUGCAAGAACGAGGACCAGACUGGAAAAUUCAAGAUGUGCCUCAACUACAGGAUACGCGUCCUCUGCUGCACCCCCAACUACAACUGCGUAAGCCACAUCACCAGCCCCACCUCCAGCCCCACCACAGUCACCAGGCCCACGGCAAGCACCACUCCCACCGUGAGCUCCACCACGGCCACCACCCCCUGUGAACCCGAAGUGUGCACCUGGAGCGAAUGGUUCGACGUCGACUUCCCCUCCGCGGGGCCCAACCAGGGAGACUUCGAAACCUACCAGCACAUCCGGGCCGCCGGGAAGCACGUCUGCCAGCGUCCAAAGGAGAUCGAGUGCCGGGCUGAGGACUACCCCGACGUUCCCAUCCAACAGGUCGGGCAGGUCGUGCAGUGCGACGUCCACUAUGGGCUGGUGUGCAAGAACGAGGACCAGACUGGAAAAUUCAAGAUGUGCCUCAACUACAGGAUACGCGUCCUCUGCUGCACCCCCAACUACAACUGCGUAAGCCACAUCACCAGCCCCACCUCCAGCCCCACCACCGUCACCAGGCCCACGGCAAGCAGCACGCUCCCAACCUCCACCUCAGUCACGACCUCCACCUCCACCUUCCACUCUUCCACCACGCUGCCCACCUCCUCAGAAACCACGUCCACUUCCACCACCACCACCAGCCCCACGCCAACGCCUCCCACAGCCACUCCCACCGUGAGCUCCACCACAGCCACCACCCCCUGUGAACCCGAAGUGUGCACCUGGAGCGAAUGGUUCGACGUCGACUUCCCCUCCGCGGGGCCCAACCAGGGAGACUUCGAAACCUACCAGCACAUCCGGGCCGCCGGGAAGCGCGUCUGCCAGCGUCCAAAGGAGAUCGAGUGCCGGGCCGAGGACUACCCCGACGUUCCCAUCCAACAGGUCGGGCAGGUCGUGCAGUGCGACGUCCACUAUGGGCUGGUGUGCAAGAACGAGGACCAGACUGGAAAAUUCAAGAUGUGCCUCAACUACAGGAUACGCGUCCUCUGCUGCACCCCCAACUACAACUGCGUAAGCCACAUCACCAGCCCCACCUCCAGCCCCACCACAGUCACCAGGCCCACGGCAAGCAGCACGCUCCCAACCUCCAGCUCAGUCACGACCUCCACCUCCACCUUCCACUCUUCCACCACGCUGCCCACCUCCUCAGAAACCACGUCCACUUCCACCACCACCACCAGCCCCACGCCAACGCCUCCCACAGCCACUCCCACCGUGAGCUCCACCACGGCCACCACCCCCUGUGAACCCGAAGUGUGCACCUGGAGCGAAUGGUUCGACGUCGACUUCCCCUCCGCGGGGCCCAACCAGGGAGACUUCGAAACCUACCAGCACAUCCGGGCCGCCGGGAAGCGCGUCUGCCAGCGUCCAAAGGAGAUCGAGUGCCGGGCCGAGGACUACCCCGACGUUCCCAUCCAACAGGUCGGGCAGGUCGUGCAGUGCGACGUCCACUAUGGGCUGGUGUGCAAGAACGAGGACCAGACUGGAAAAUUCACGAUGUGCCUCAACUACAGGAUACGCGUCCUCUGCUGCACCCCCAACUACAACUGCGUAAGCCCCAUCACCAGCCCCACCUCCAGCCCCACCACCGUCACCAGGCCCACGGCAAGCACCACUCCCACCGUGAGCUCCACCACGGCCACCACCCCCUGUGAACCCGAAGUGUGCACCUGGAGCGAAUGGUUCGACGUCGACUUCCCCUCCGCGGGGCCCAACCAGGGAGACUUCGAAACCUACCAGCACAUCCGGGCCGCCGGGAAGCGCGUCUGCCAGCGUCCAAAGGAGAUCGAGUGCCGGGCCGAGGACUACCCCGACGUUCCCAUCCAACAGGUCGGGCAGGUCGUGCAGUGCGACGUCCACUAUGGGCUGGUGUGCAAGAACGAGGACCAGACUGGAAAAUUCAAGAUGUGCCUCAACUACAGGAUACGCGUCCUCUGCUGCACCCCCAACUACAACUGCGUAAGCCACAUCACCAGCACCACCUCCAGCCCCACCACCGUCACCAGGCCCACGGCAAGCACCACUCCCACCGUGAGCUCCACCACGGCCACCACCCCCUGUGAACCCGAAGUGUGCACCUGGAGCGAAUGGUUCGACGUCGACUUCCCCUCCGCGGGGCCCAACCAGGGAGACUUCGAAACCUACCAGCACAUCCGGGCCGCCGGGAAGCGCGUCUGCCAGCGUCCAAAGGAGAUCGAGUGCCGGGCCGAGGACUACCCCGACGUUCCCAUCCAACAGGUCGGGCAGGUCGUGCAGUGCGACGUCCACUAUGGGCUGGUGUGCAAGAACGAGGACCAGACUGGAAAAUUCAAGAUGUGCCUCAACUACAGGAUACGCGUCCUCUGCUGCACCCCCAACUACAACUGCGUAAGCCCCAUCACCAGCCCCACCUCCAGCCCCACCACCGUCACCAGGCCCACGGCAAGCAGCACGCUCCCAACCUCCACCUCAGUCACGACCUCCACCUCCACCUUCCACUCUUCCACCACGCUGCCCACCUCCUCAGAAACCACGUCCACUUCCACCACCACCACCAGCCCCACUCCAACGCCUCCCACAGCCACUCCCACCGUGAGCUCCACCACGGCCACCACCCCCUGUGAACCCGAAGUGUGCACCUGGAGCGAAUGGUUCGACGUCGACUUCCCCUCCGCGGGGCCCAACCAGGGAGACUUCGAAACCUACCAGCACAUCCGGGCCGCCGGGAAGCGCGUCUGCCAGCGUCCAAAGGAGAUCGAGUGCCGGGCCGAGGACUACCCCGACGUUCCCAUCCAACAGGUCGGGCAGGUCGUGCAGUGCGACGUCCACUAUGGGCUGGUGUGCAAGAACGAGGACCAGACUGGAAAAUUCAAGAUGUGCCUCAACUACAGGAUACGCGUCCUCUGCUGCACCCCCAACUACAACUGCGUAAGCCCCAUCACCAGCCCCACCUCCAGCCCCACCACCGUCACCAGGCCCACGGCAAGCAGCACGCUCCCAACCUCCACCUCAGUCACGACCUCCACCUCCACCUUCCACUCUUCCACCACGCUGCCCACCUCCUCAGAAACCACGUCCACUUCCACCACCACCACCAUGUGCACCUGGAGCGAAUGGUUCGACGUCGACUUCCCCUCCGCGGGGCCCAACCAGGGAGACUUCGAAACCUACCAGCACAUCCGGGCCGCCGGGAAGCGUGUCUGCCAGCGUCCAAAGGAGAUCGAGUGCCGGGCCGAGGACUACCCCGACGUUCCCAUCCAACAGGUCGGGCAGGUCGUGCAGUGCGACGUCCACUAUGGGCUGGUGUGCAAGAACGAGGACCAGACUGGAAAAUUCAAGAUGUGCCUCAACUACAGGAUACGUGUCCUCUGCUGCACCCCCAACUACAACUGCGUAAGCCACAUCACCAGCCCCACCUCCAGCCCCACCACCGUCACCAGGCCCACGGCAAGCACCACUCCCACCGUGAGCUCCACCACGGCCACCACCCCCUGUGAACCUGAAGUGUGCACCUGGAGCGAAUGGUUCGACGUCGACUUCCCCUCCGCGGGGCCCAACCAGGGAGACUUCGAAACCUACCAGCACAUCCGGGCCGCCGGGAAGCGCGUCUGCCAGCGUCCAAAGGAGAUCGAGUGCCGGGCCGAGGACUACCCCGACGUUCCCAUCCAACAGGUCGGGCAGGUCGUGCAGUGCGACGUCCACUAUGGGCUGGUGUGCAAGAACGAGGACCAGACUGGAAAAUUCAAGAUGUGCCUCAACUACAGGAUACGCGUCCUCUGCUGCACCCCCAACUACAACUGCGUAAGCCCCAUCACCAGCACCACCUCCAGCCCCACCACCGUCACCAGGCCCACGGCAAGCACCACUCCCACCGUGAGCUCCACCACGGCCACCACCCCCUGUGAACCCGAAGUGUGCACCUGGAGCGAAUGGUUCGACGUCGACUUCCCCUCCGCGGGGCCCAACCAGGGAGACUUCGAAACCUACCAGCACAUCCGGGCCGCCGGGAAGCGCGUCUGCCAGCGUCCAAAGGAGAUCGAGUGCCGGGCCGAGGACUACCCCGACGUUCCCAUCCAACAGGUCGGGCAGGUCGUGCAGUGCGACGUCCACUAUGGGCUGGUGUGCAAGAACGAGGACCAGACUGGAAAAUUCAAGAUGUGCCUCAACUACAGGAUACGCGUCCUCUGCUGCACCCCCAACUACAACUGCGUAAGCCCCAUCACCAGCCCCACCUCCAGCCCCACCACCGUCACCAGGCCCACGGCAAGCAGCACGCUCCCAACCUCCACCUCAGUCACGACCUCCACCUCCACCUUCCACUCUUCCACCACGCUGCCCACCUCCUCAGAAACCACGUCCACUUCCACCACCACCACCAGCCCCACUCCAACGCCUCCCACAGCCACUCCCACCGUGAGCUCCACCACGGCCACCACCCCCUGUGAACCCGAAGUGUGCACCUGGAGUGAAUGGUUCGACGUCGACUUCCCCUCCGCGGGGCCCAACCAGGGAGACUUCGAAACCUACCAGCACAUCCGGGCCGCCGGGAAGCGCGUCUGCCAGCGUCCAAAGGAGAUCGAGUGCCGGGCCGAGGACUACCCCGACGUUCCCAUCCAACAGGUCGGGCAGGUCGUGCAGUGCGACGUCCACUAUGGGCUGGUGUGCAAGAACGAGGACCAGACUGGAAAAUUCAAGAUGUGCCUCAACUACAGGAUACGCGUCCUCUGCUGCACCCCCAACUACAACUGCGUAAGCCACAUCACCAGCCCCACCUCCAGCCCCACCACCGUCACCAGGCCCACGGCAAGCAGCACGCUCCCAACCUCCAGCUCAGUCACGACCUCCACCUCCACCUUCCACUCUUCCACCACGCUGCCCACCUCCUCAGAAACCACGUCCACUUCCACCACCACCACCAGCCCCACUCCAACGCCUCCCACAGCCACUCCCACCGUGAGCUCCACCACGGCCACCACCCCCUGUGAACCCGAAGUGUGCACCUGGAGCGAAUGGUUCGACGUCGACUUCCCCUCCGCGGGGCCCAACCAGGGAGACUUCGAAACCUACCAGCACAUCCGGGCCGCCGGGAAGCGCGUCUGCCAGCGUCCAAAGGAGAUCGAGUGCCGGGCCGAGGACUACCCCGACGUUCCCAUCCAACAGGUCGGGCAGGUCGUGCAGUGCGACGUCCACUAUGGGCUGGUGUGCAAGAACGAGGACCAGACUGGAAAAUUCAAGAUGUGCCUCAACUACAGGAUACGCGUCCUCUGCUGCACCCCCAACUACAACUGCGUAAGCCACAUCACCAGCCCCACCUCCAGCCCCACCACCGUCACCAGGCCCACGGCAAGCAGCACGCUCCCAACCUCCAGCUCAGUCACGACCUCCACCUCCACCUUCCACUCUUCCACCACGCUGCCCACCUCCUCAGAAACCACGUCCACUUCCACCACCACCACCAGCCCCACUCCAACGCCUCCCACAGCCACUCCCACCGUGAGCUCCACCACGGCCACCACCCCCUGUGAACCCGAAGUGUGCACCUGGAGCGAAUGGUUCGACGUCGACUUCCCCUCCGCGGGGCCCAACCAGGGAGACUUCGAAACCUACCAGCACAUCCGGGCCGCCGGGAAGCGCGUCUGCCAGCGUCCAAAGGAGAUCGAGUGCCGGGCCGAGGACUACCCCGACGUUCCCAUCCAACAGGUCGGGCAGGUUGUGCAGUGCGACGUCCACUAUGGGCUGGUGUGCAAGAACGAGGACCAGACUGGAAAAUUCAAGAUGUGCCUCAACUACAGGAUACGCGUCCUCUGCUGCACCCCCAACUACAACUGCGUAAGCCCCAUCACCAGCCCCACCUCCAGCCCCACCACCGUCACCAGGCCCACGGCAAGCAGCACGCUCCCAACCUCCACCUCAGUCACGACCUCCACCUCCACCUUCCACUCUUCCACCACGCUGCCCACCUCCUCAGAAACCACGUCCACUUCCACCACCACCACCAUGUGCACCUGGAGCGAAUGGUUCGACGUCGACUUCCCCUCCGCGGGGCCCAACCAGGGAGACUUCGAAACCUACCAGCACAUCCGGGCCGCCGGGAAGCGCGUCUGCCAGCGUCCAAAGGAGAUCGAGUGCCGGGCCGAGGACUACCCCGACGUUCCCAUCCAACAGGUCGGGCAGGUCGUGCAGUGCGACGUCCACUAUGGGCUGGUGUGCAAGAACGAGGACCAGACUGGAAAAUUCAAGAUGUGCCUCAACUACAGGAUACGCGUCCUCUGCUGCACCCCCAACUACAACUGCGUAAGCCCCAUCACCAGCCCCACCUCCAGCCCCACCACCGUCACCAGGCCCACGGCAAGCACCACUCCCACCGUGAGCUCCACCACGGCCACCACCCCCUGUGAACCCGAAGUGUGCACCUGGAGCGAAUGGUUCGACGUCGACUUCCCCUCCGCGGGGCCCAACCAGGGAGACUUCGAAACCUACCAGCACAUCCGGGCCGCCGGGAAGCGCGUCUGCCAGCGUCCAAAGGAGAUCGAGUGCCGGGCCGAGGACUACCCCGACGUUCCCAUCCAACAGGUCGGGCAGGUCGUGCAGUGCGACGUCCACUAUGGGCUGGUGUGCAAGAACGAGGACCAGACUGGAAAAUUCAAGAUGUGCCUCAACUACAGGAUACGCGUCCUCUGCUGCACCCCCAACUACAACUGCGUAAGCCACAUCACCAGCACCACCUCCAGCCCCACCACCGUCACCAGGCCCACGGCAAGCACCACUCCCACCGUGAGCUCCACCACGGCCACCACCCCCUGUGAACCCGAAGUGUGCACCUGGAGCGAAUGGUUCGACGUCGACUUCCCCUCCGCGGGGCCCAACCAGGGAGACUUCGAAACCUACCAGCACAUCCGGGCCGCCGGGAAGCGCGUCUGCCAGCGUCCAAAGGAGAUCGAGUGCCGGGCCGAGGACUACCCCGACGUUCCCAUCCAACAGGUCGGGCAGGUCGUGCAGUGCGACGUCCACUAUGGGCUGGUGUGCAAGAACGAGGACCAGACUGGAAAAUUCAAGAUGUGCCUCAACUACAGGAUACGCGUCCUCUGCUGCACCCCCAACUACAACUGCGAAAGCCCCAUCACCAGCACCACCUCCAGCCCCACCACCGUCACCAGGCCCACGGCAAGCACCACUCCCACCGUGAGCUCCACCACGGCCACCACCCCCUGUGAACCCGAAGUGUGCACCUGGAGCGAAUGGUUCGACGUCGACUUCCCCUCCGCGGGGCCCAACCAGGGAGACUUCGAAACCUACCAGCACAUCCGGGCCGCCGGGAAGCGCGUCUGCCAGCGUCCAAAGGAGAUCGAGUGCCGGGCCGAGGACUACCCCGACGUUCCCAUCCAACAGGUCGGGCAGGUCGUGCAGUGCGACGUCCACUAUGGGCUGGUGUGCAAGAACGAGGACCAGACUGGAAAAUUCAAGAUGUGCCUCAACUACAGGAUACGCGUCCUCUGCUGCACCCCCAACUACAACUGCGUAAGCCACAUCACCAGCCCCACCUCCAGCCCCACCACCGUCACCAGGCCCACGGCAAGCAGCACGCUCCCAACCUCCAGCUCAGUCACGACCUCCACCUCCACCUUCCACUCUUCCACCACGCUGCCCACCUCCUCAGAAACCACGUCCACUUCCACCACCACCACCAGCCCCACUCCAACGCCUCCCACAGCCACUCCCACCGUGAGCUCCACCACGGCCACCACCCCCUGUGAACCCGAAGUGUGCACCUGGAGCGAAUGGUUCGACGUCGACUUCCCCUCCGCGGGGCCCAACCAGGGAGACUUCGAAACCUACCAGCACAUCCGGGCCGCCGGGAAGCGCGUCUGCCAGCGUCCAAAGGAGAUCGAGUGCCGGGCCGAGGACUACCCCGACGUUCCCAUCCAACAGGUCGGGCAGGUUGUGCAGUGCGACGUCCACUAUGGGCUGGUGUGCAAGAACGAGGACCAGACUGGAAAAUUCAAGAUGUGCCUCAACUACAGGAUACGCGUCCUCUGCUGCACCCCCAACUACAACUGCGUAAGCCACAUCACCAGCCCCACCACAACUAUUACCAGAAGUGAACCUUUCUGGACCAUGUCUCCGUCUCCAAUUUUAACAACGCCAUGUUUUUGCAAGAUUGGCGACUCUAUUUUUUCACCCGGUGAUGUGAUUUACAACAGAAUGGAUAGUGAUGGAUGUAGAUUUUAUGCCAUCUGUAGCCCAGUAUGUACUAUUGAACGACACAGUGUACCUUGUAAUGUCACUACUCCUUUAUCCACUACUUCCUCUGAGUGGUCUACCACAACAACAUCAGUUCCUCUGCCAACCACUACGAAAAAGUUUCAUUUUCACGGCUGUGUUUCUAGUACAUACCCUCCCCUACAGCCUGGAGAACAUUUCAAAUUAUCCAACUGUACAGAAGUCAUCUGUAAUGGAGACAAUGAUAUAGACGUAGUACCAACAUACUGUCCACCUGCAAAGGAAAUUACCUGUGCAAACAAAUAUCCUGCAGUCCUAGUACCUGAUGAAAAUGGCUGCUGUUACCGAUAUGAGUGUCAAUGUGUGUGUAGUGGAUGGGGUGACCCUCAUUACAUCACAUUCGAUGGAAUCUACUAUACUUUCCUUGAAAACUGCACUUACGUCCUGGUGAAACAGAUUAUUCCUAAAUAUGACAACUUCCGUGUUUACAUUGACAACUAUUACUGCGAUGCAAAAGACGGACUCUCCUGCCCUAAAUCCAUUCUUAUUUUCUACAAAUCUGCAGAAGUGGUGUUGACUCGGGAACUCAUGAAUGGUGUCAUGACCAAUGUGAUGUACUUCAACAAAAAGAUUGUCAAACCAGGCUUCGAAAAAGACGGCAUUUCUUUCUCCACUCUCGGCAUCAAUAUGAUUGUUGAAAUAAAAGAGAUUGGUGCAACUAUCACCUUUAGUGGUCUGAUCUUCUCUGUGAAACUCCCAUACAGCAAAUUUGGCAACAACACCGAAGGACAGUGUGGAACAUGUACAAAUAACAAAGCAGAUGAAUGCCGUUUACCAAGCGGUAAGAUCAUUUCUUCCUGUCCCCAAAUGGCUCAUCACUGGAUUGUUGAUGACAACAAGACGUGUCAUGGAGUACCAAUAGUACCAACUAUAACCACACCUCCACCAAAGCCUCAUUGUGAAACACCUCCUCUCUGCAAGCUUAUCUUGAGCAAGAUUUUUGCAGAAUGUCAUGCUGUGAUACCACCAGAACCAUUUUUCAAAGGCUGUGUUUUCGAUGGAUGUCGCAUAGAUGAUGAAUCCAUGCAGUGUUCCAGUUUGGAGAUAUAUGCUACAGAGUGUGCGUCUAGAGGUGUCUGCAUUGACUGGAGAGGAAAGACCAACAAUACAUGCUCAUUCAGCUGUCCAGCAAGCUUGAUAUACAAGCCAUGUGGGCCCAUUAAUCCUGAUACCUGUGAUCAAAGCUCUGUUGAGCAUCCUGGCUUUGGAAUAACUGAAGGCUGUUUCUGUCCUGAAGGAACAACACUCCUGCAUGCAGAGAGCAAUAUCUGUGUCCCUGAAUGUUCUUGCAGGGAACCAAAUGGAGUAGCCAGAUGGCCAGGAGAAAAAUGGACAAAAGAUUGCCAGGAAUGUGUCUGUGACAAAAAUACUCUUAAGGUGCACUGUACAAAACACAAAUGUUCUCCGACACAGCAAGUAUUUUGUGAUGAACCAGGUUACAUGCCUGUUCAGAUACAGAUACCAGAAGAUCCAUGCUGUACUAGGACUGAGUGCUACUGCAACACCAGCCUCUGCCCUGAGGUCACACCCCAGUGCUUAGAGGGACAAGAAAUAAUCACAAUAAUGCAGCCUGGAAAAUGCUGUCCUACCUUUGAAUGCAGACAUGGCUGCGUAGUCAAUGAAACUUAUUAUGCACCUGGAGCUGUCAUUCCAUCAGGCCCCUGCGAAGAAUGCACCUGCUCUGGAUCCUCUUACUCAAGGCCUCACCGUGUUACUGUCAAGUGUGAGCCUGUUACCUGUGACACAUACUGCCCACUGGGUUAUAAGUAUACAGAGGAACCGGGACAGUGCUGCGGCACGUGCAAGGCAGAGGCUUGCGUGGUGACUGUGGGACACAACAUUACACACGUGGUCUAUGAAGGAGAAUACUGGAACCCACCUGGUGAUAACUGUACAGUCUACACAUGUGAAAAACAUGCUGACCAGUUCAUUCAAGUCGUCAGACAGACAAGCUGUCCUGCCUUUAACCUUGAUGAAUGUGAUCCAAAUGACAUCAAGUUAUCUGACGAUGGUUGCUGUAUAGAGUGCCGAAGAAAACCGAAGCUUUGUAUGAAGCACAAUACUACGGCUGUCAUCAAAUAUAAUGGAUGUGUAUCUCCUGCACCUGUUGAGAUGACCUACUGUGAAGGCAGCUGUGAUGCUUACUCACGAUAUUCUCAGAAGACAAACACAAUGGAACACAAAUGCUCAUGUUGUCAGGAAAUCAAGACCAGCCAAAGAAAGGUGACUCUGACAUGCAGUGACGGAACCUACCUUGAUCACUCAUACACCUAUGUGGAGAAAUGCAGCUGUGUGACUGCUCAGUGCAUUCCCCAAGACAGCACCCAACAGGAGACAAACCAGACAAAGACCUCUCAGGAACAGGCAAAUGUCAAAAAUUAGAACUGGAGAGAAGUCGCCAAACAAGGGCUGGACAUAAGACUAAAAUAAAAAAACUUCGAAAAAAUAUGGAAGUGUCAAGAGCAGCUAAAAUUUUGGAUGAACAGAUGAUAUUUUCUGCAUAAAACCCCAAUGUCUUGUCUACAUAAUUUGAGUUUUCAUUAUUGAUAUAUCUCCCGUUUUUUCUUUCAUGUCUUUUACCUCCUUGGGAAGUACAGCAUAAGGUCAUCUUGUCAUUUUCUGUUCAUUUGUCUUCUGAGAAGUGCUGUAACAUAAGAUUGAGAAUUGGAUUUUUAAUAACAUUUUCAUUCCAGUUUAUUGAGACAAAUCAAAAGAUAAAUCCAGAAAACAAACAAAAACCAAGGAAAACUUUACCUCUCUGCUUCUAUAUGUUUCUUUUUGCAUUGAGGAAAACUUAGACUGCAGAAAGCCAUACUUUUUCAAAACUGUAAACUUCAAUAUUUUGGACAAUUUAUGAUGGACAUAUUUCCCUAUAUAUUUUUUGUGAGAAAAAGGAAAAAAUCCUAUUACGAGAAGCUGCUGCACACUACUUUUUGUUUACAUAACACCAUCAGCAUAGUAACUGUAUGAAAAUAUGGAAUUUUUUUGUUUUAUUUGUGGUUAACUGUUUACAGAAGAAGUAUAUAUAUAUAUAUAUUUGCCAACAGGGGCAUAUGAAGGAUUUUUUUAAAACAAAAGUUUAUUAUUAAUAAUAAUAAUAAUAAUUGUAAAUUCUUUCUUAGGAAGCUUGUAAAAGUUGAACCAUUGCUAUUUAUUAUUUUUUUUUUUUUUUUUUGAAAACUGAUUUAUUGGGUCAUUUCUUUCAGAAUUAAUGUUAUCCUAUUUCUUAGUCUCAGUCAUGUUGUCUGGGUAUGGUAUAUUUUCUUCUUUUGUUUUUGAAUAUUGUUUUAUUUUUGUUCCUUAUGGGGGGGAAGCAAUGAUGAUUAAUAAAUU